AUGCCACCGAAAAACCAAAGAAGAUACUCUCAGCAGACUCUUCAAACAGCCGCGGUCCCAUCGGCUAACGAAUUGGCUAACACUCCAGCUAACGCGCAAGAAUCUGCCGUAGAAGAAGUUAGCAACAUGGCGGAGGCUACACUGCUAGCCACAGACCAACCGGAGGAGUCUCCUCUCACGGUACAAACUCUGAAAAGCGCACUGCAAACACUCAGAGAAGGCUUAUCAGUGGAUAUUCAAACGCAGAUGGGGAGAAUGAAAUCCGACAUCCAGAGAGAAAUCACAGCUCUGCGACUGGAGGCUAAAGCUGAUGGUGAUGCGCUGAGACGAGAGCUAUCGGAGCAUACUAGCAGGCUAAAUUACAACCACGAGGAAAUCAAACGGGCACACAUUGAACAGACACUCAAUGAUUACAGCGACAGGUUGACCAUGCUGGAAAGAGCACAUGGAUCGCUGGAAAAGGAGUACAAGAAAGUUUCUGAAAAAUGCAUGGACUUGGAAAAUAGAAGCAGAAGGCAAAAUCUACGUAUUAUAGGGCUCAAAGAAGGCGCAGAAGGAGACAUCUCCCCAAAGGUGGGCCGCCUCAGAGCCUCAUUCAACCAAGUGAAGCCCAAACUACGAGAUGCAGGAAUCCCAUACAGCCUGUAUUAUCCAGCGAAGAUGACGAUAACGGUGAAAGGAUCCAGGCACGUGUUCACGGAGCCACAAGCAGUGGAGGAGUUCAUCCGCAACAUCGCACCAGCAGCCAACGGAGAUAAAGACGACUGA